UGUACUAUAUUAUACAUAGGCUGUUGACGUAGUCAACCAGCGUCGGUGGCGGUGGUAAUGCCUUAAUAUUUACGCCAAUACUUCUCAGACAAGCUUUCAGUACACUACUCGCUCACCAGUUGUUAAUUUUACAUUGGAUUUCUAUUCUCCGCUAAAAUACAUAUUUUAACUAAUGAAUUCUAUACAUUUUUUGUUAAAAUGUAUUUAUUCAAUAUGUAGCUAUUUAGUUAAGUAAGAAACUAUUAGAAAAAAUCUUUCUACACAAAAAUCGAACAGUUAUAAUUCAAAUACAACGUACAUUCAAGUUUGAUAUCAUGAAUGAAAAAAGAAAGUUUAAACGGAAGGAAAACACAAAUGAAUUAAUAAAAAUCAUUUUAUACAUGGUUUUUAUGACAACAUUUUUCAUGAUAUACUAUUGUGAAAAUAAUAACGAUAAAAAUGAAAAAUCAUUGAUUGAUAACUAUCAUUCAUAUUAUAACGAAGACAUCAUAUCAGCACCUGCAAAUGGCUCAAAUAUUAUAACGGAAAUUGAUAAUAAUGUAAAAAAGGGGUUUGUUGUGUGGAAUGACUAUUGUCGAAUACCCAAUAUAAGUGCCUACGACAAAUCAAUUCAAAAUUUAAUUAAAAAAACUGAUUUUCCAAAAUGUUCUUCUAAAUCGCCGUUGACGAGUACAGUUCUAAAUGUUAAAACGUGGUCAUAUACUUUUCAAAUUAACCAUAAUCUUAAAUCAAUUUCUAAUUGUUGUUAUUCAUCGAUCUAUAGAACUGAACUGAAAUUCAAGAAAAAUCAAAAAGAUGAUGAUCGUUACAAAGUUGAAUCUAUAUGUCAUCCCAUCAAAGAUUCAGAAUUGAUUCCAAAGUCUGUGGAAUAUAUGCUAGUAGUAUGUGAAUUGAGACCAAAUGGCAACAAGUCAAGAUCAACCGUUUACAAAGAUAUCCAUGCAAUGGUAAUCGAUAAAGGUCAAAAGCGAUUCAGAAAUGCAGAUAUUACAGAUAAACCUAGCAUAUUGAUUAUAUCCAUUGAUUCUUUAUCUCGAUUGAAUCUUAUACGAUCUAUGCCUUUAACAUAUCAUUUGUUGGAAAAACAUGGAUUUAUAUCUCUUGAGGGUUAUACCAAAGUCGCCGACAAUACUUUUCCCAAUGUAGUGCCAAUUUUUACGGGUAUGUCCGUAUCGCAAAUGACUAAAAGAUGUUGGAAGAAUCCCAAAGAUGAAAUGGACGGUUGCCCGUUUCUGUGGAAAAAUUUUAAAGAACGAGGUUAUGUCACAGCGUACGUGGAAGACGAACCAAGCAUAGGCACGUAUAAUUUCGGUAAGUACGGUUUCCGGAAUUCGCCGACGGACUACUACACGAGACCUUACAUGCUGGCGGCCGAGCAACUUUUGCCGGUGGUCAAAUACGACGGCAUGACCUUCUGCAUGGGCCCGCGGUCAGCUGCGGAACGGGUGUACGAGUACGCCGAGGACUUUGUCCGUUUGCAUAGCGAUCACGGGUACUUCGCCGUGUUCUGGCUGAACACGUUCAGCCACAACGACGUGAACGCGCCGUCAACUAUGGACCGACGGACGGCCGACAUGUUGUCUCGGUUGCUAGACGGCCGGUUGCUGAACAACGCCGUGGCCGUGGUGCUCAGCGACCACGGGCUCCGGUUCGGCAAGAUACGAGCGACGCACGUCGGCUGGCUGGAGGAUCGGAUGCCAGCGUUUUACUUCCGACUGCCGCCCGGGUACGCGGCCGCGCGCCCCAACUAUCGCGCAACGAUGGCCGCCAACAAGAACCGAUUGACGUCGCCAUUCGAUCUACACCUGACGCUCAAACAGUUGAUGUCGGACGAUCGCGCCGUAGCCGACGGUUGCCCUACGUGCCGCAGCCUGUUUCAGCUGGCGGACGCCAACAGGUCAUGUGAACAAGCGGGUAUCGCACCGCAUUGGUGCCCAUGUAACGAGUACGAAACGCUGGAUCCGGCCAGCAAAACCGCCAUGGACGGCGGCAAGUACGUGGUGCGGCAGCUGAACAAGCUGCUGUCCAAGUACAAGAAGUCCGUGAGCGACGGAUACGUAUGCUCGCCCUUGUCGCUCAGCAGAACGGUGUCGGCUCGGAGCAGGAUGAAUCGGGAGUCCAGCCGCCGCGAGUACCUGUUCGUCGUGGAAACGUUGCCGGGCUGGAGCAUGUUCGAAGUAACAGUCCACCGGGAAGGCAACGGCAGCGGUCACGAGUUCAGCGAUCUCGACGACAUAAGUCGCAUCAACAUGUACGGGUUCCAGAGCCAUUGCACGGACGAUUGGAGACUAAAAAAGCAUUGUUUCUGUGUAAAAGUCGAACGAAAACCCCACGGUUAGCGAGCACAGCCGUCACGGAAUCCUGCGACGGAUCCGGGAUCCCAACGACAUAAUACGCUAUCGCGUGCAUUUCAUUCGCAUUGUGGACACGCGCUUUCCACUCGUGAUUCGUCGUGUAUAGAAAAUAUAAUUUAUCGUUCUCUUAUUCGUGUACCUAAUUAUUUAACUAAACAGUAGGUAAAUAAAUUGUAUAAUUGUAUAUUUAAUUAUAGUUAAUAUUUUACUAUAAUGUGCCCUCCUACAUACGGUAAGACUGACACUGAAUUUGGGUGCACGAUAUUUUUUCUCACCAGUAAUAUUACAUAAUCGUACAAUAAUAAUAAUAAUAAUUUCUUUUUUUUCAUGUACAUAAUGUAUAUAAUAUAUGCCAAUUA